AUGACCAUGUCAGGAACCGCCAAGCCCUCUCCCCGCCGAGUCAAAUGCGACGAAGCCAAACCCAGCUGCCAACGCUGCGACCGCUCCAACCGCGUGUGCGAGGGAUACGCAACGCCAAGCAUCCCCUUCAAAGUCCCCGACAGCCAAGCCGAUCGGCAACUGCUGCACUUCUACUGCUGUCAAGCGGCCGAGGGUCUCUCGAGCCUCUCCGGCCCGACGCUGUGGACGCGCCUCAUCCUCCAGCGCUGCCACACCCAACCCAUCAUCCGCAAUGCACUCGUCACGCUGAGUGCCCUCUAUCAGGAUUACCACAGCCACAGCGGCCAGCUAACGAGCGAGGAGGGGGAGGGGGAUAGUCGCCCGCGACAACGACCUUCGCCCAGUGAUCUCCGGCUGAUCGCCCGAUCGCAUCGGCAGCUGCGCAUGCAUCUCUCCUCCCCGCAGGCCUCGUACGAAGUCGCCCUGAUCUGCGGGGUGCUCUUCUACGCCUUCGAGUCGCUAAUCGGACAGGCGGGCAACGCUAUCCGGCACCUGGAUCAGGCGUUAAUCCUGUUCCAACGGUACCGAGACCAUCCGUCUCCGCCGCAGACCGCGUGUGGGGUGGCGGAAGAUAUCCUCCCACAUCCGGGCGCUCUCCUGGGGCGACUGGACAUCCAAGCUACACCACAGAUAAGGCAUGUGUCGGGCGACCCCAACAACUACCCCGAAACGAUCCUUGUUAGUCUCCAGGCACGACUCCUGCGGCACCUGCUCGUGCAUCUCCCCAACAAGAACGUACCACUCAUCAAUCUCCCGCUGGAGAUAUGUCAGGAGCGAUUAGCGCUCGACGCUGCCUUCCGGGCCUUCCUCCACUCCAUCACUCACGCACCUCUACCCAGAGACCCAAAAGUCAGACAGCAUCUGCUCCUCUUACGGAUUCAAGCGCAGCUGUUCCACAGUGUUCUACUAGAGAACAUGCAUAGCAUACCGAGUGCAACUUCAUCAUCCGUUGCCACAGAUUCUGCGCUAAGCGCCGCUCUGAGCGAUAUGGCCAUGCUCCUCGGCGAGUCUAACAUCGGCGGCGGGGGCGAAAGUCACCCUCCAGAUUCCCGAUCAAGUCAAGAUGCUCCACCUGGAUUCACGCUCACCACGCAGCUCAUCGCAGGGCUCUACGUCGUCUGCCUGAAAAGCAGCGAUCCCGUCACGGUGAACACGGCACUAUCCCUGCUACAAAACCCGCGACUGCCCCGACGGGAUGGACUCUGGGAUGCAAGCGUGGUGACCAGAGUCGUGGAGAGGCUGAAGGGCACAGCGGAACGCACUAUUGAGAUCAUGAUCGAAGGGCCAGACAGUCCCGAUAGUGCGAAACACUCCUCCACCCCGGCCAUCAUCUCAGGUCCUGGAACAUCGCUUGGGCGGUUGCCAAACCUUUCUCAAAACCGAUCAAGCAAGUAG